UUGUGAAACAUAUUUUGCAGGAUAAAAAAUAAGUACGUAAUGACGUUAUAUCGGCAUCAAUAAUGCAUGGCCUGACGCGUUUCAAAUUGAUGUCGAACCGUGAUAAAGGGGCCUAGAUUGAUCGAAAUUACAAUGAAACCGAGGUAUCAUUGAUCGAACUUGAAUAUGCCAACGAUGCAUAAACUUGAAAUGAGAAUUUCAGUUCGAACGCGUUUUUCAUGCGAAAGAAAAUAAACAUUUUUUAAAUAAAUAGUAGAGGGAGAUUAUGCUGGCAAAUACAAUUAAGAAAAUAUGGCAUACUUUGAUCGAAGUGUACAACGAAUUCUCGAUCGAAUCUACGAUACAUGGAAUAAAACAUACAACUCAUUCUAAAUCAAUUACUGUAAGGAUAUUAUGGAUCAUCAUCGUAAUAUUAUCUUUCUUGGCAUCCGCAAAGUUAGCAAUGUUAUUCUACAAUCGUCAUCAGUUAGCAAAUAUGAGUACUUUGAUAAUCAGCCCUCAAGUUCCAACUAACACAAUCCCAUUACCAGCCGUUACUCUUUGCCACGGAAAUAUUGCCGCGAUGCAAAAAGUGCUUUCUUACUUAUCAUCGCAAGAGCAAAUAUAUAUACCUCGAGGUUUAACGAAAAAUGAUUUUGAACAUAGUGUAAGAUACUUACGCGAAGCGAUUUAUCCGAAAAAUCAUUAUCCAGAAGAAUUAGAUAAAUUACAACAAAUCCUUACGGCAAAUCAAUUAUCGUUGUCCGAAUUAUUUGAAAAUAUUAGUCCAAAUUGCACAGAUUUUGUGAUGAUGUGUCGACUUAAUGGAAUAUUUAUACCGUGCAAUAAAAUGCUGAAUCGUAUAAUCACACGAUACGGAAUAUGUUGCGCAUUCAAUUACGAAGAUCCACGGAAAAAUAUAAAAAGGUCGAAGGAAGAAGAAUCUAUACCUAGCUACAGUCUUAAUUUUGGGUCACGUUAUAUCAUGUCUUUUCUUAUGAAACCUUUACCUCCGCGCGACCGUAUAUCGUCUAUAAUACACGGAGAUGGUAUGAAAAUAUUAAUACACGAAAAAUAUACAUACCCAGGGUCUACUGCUUUUCAAUUUAUCGCCUCUUCUGGCCAAGAGAUUAUAGCUAAAUUAUAUCCCACUGCUUUGAGUAGCAGCUCUGAAAUUUUAAAUUUACCGACAACUGUUAGAGGAUGUUACAUGGCCUGGUCGUCCCAGAAAAAUCAUCGUUAUCGCGCUGAUAAUUGUUAUACACAUUGUCGUGAAACAAUAACGCGAAAAAUUUGCGGUUGCGUGCCAUUUUCAGCAUCAGUCAUGGAAACGAAAACUGACUUAAAAAUUUGUAAUUUGACACAUAUUUCAUGUCUCGCACGUAUCACGUUACAAACAUAUACAUUAACAUUGCAAGACUCAGAAUGUGAUUGCCUUCCUGAUUGCGAAAGUAUAUCGUACAAAGUCGCGGUUACUAAAUUGCCAAUGUCUGCUAUCCAAUACUCUCCAGGAAAAUUUUAUGAAGCCGCUGCACGAAUUUCAAAUGCAACAAUACUUCACGUUACGUUUGCCAGAAGUUCGGCUAUAUUGCAACGAAGAGAAUUAGUACUUUCAUGGAUUAAUCUUAUCUCUUCCCUAGGUGGUGUUUUUAGUUUAUUUUUAGGAUGUAGUUUCAUCUCACUUGUGGAAAUAUUUUAUUUUUUUUGUAUUUACUUUUUUUAUAAAUUAAAAUUCCAAAGAGAAAGUCUAAACUCGAAUAAUAAUAUGAACAGAAAUUAUAACUGA